CCCUUGGGACCUGGUCACUCCUCACCUUUGGGCUCUGGCCACUUGUCCCUUUUGUCCGUGGCCACCGUGGCCCCCGGUGCCGACGCGGGCUGUGUAUGGGCAGGCAAGGACUACGAGAACGCCGUCAGGCUGUACAGCAGCACCCUGGGCCUUUGGGUUCUGGUCACUCCUGGCCUUUGGGACCUGGUCACUCCUCACCUUUGGGCCCUGGCCACUUGUCCCUUUUGUCCCGUGGCCACCGUGGCCCCCGGUGCCGACGCGGGCUGUGUGUGGGCAGGCAAGGACUACGAGAACGCCGUCAGGCUGUACAGCAGCGCCAUCGAGCUGAACCCCUCCAACGCCAUCUACUAUGGCAACCGCAGCCUGGCCUACCUGCGCACCGAGUGCUACGGCUACGCCCUGGCCGACGCCACGCGCGCCCUCCAGCUCGACGCCAAGUACGUCAAGGGCUACUACCGGAGGGCGGCCAGCAACAUGGCCCUGGGCAAGUUCAAGGCUGCCCUGAGGGACUACGAGAUGGUGGUGAAGGUGAGGCCCAACGACAAGGACGCCAAGCUCAAGUACCAGGAGUGUCACCGCAUUGUCAAGCAGAAGGCCUUCGAGAGGGCCAUCGCCAGCGACGAGCACAAGCGCUCCGUGGUCGACUCGCUGGACAUCGAGAGCAUGACCAUCGAGGACGAGUACAGCGGCCCCAAGCUGGAGGACGGCAAGGUGACCUUGGCCUUCAUGAAGGACCUGAUGCAAUGGUACAAGGACCAGAAGAAACUCCACAGGAAAUGUGCCUACCAGAUCCUGGUGCAGGUGAAGGAGGUGCUGGCCAAGCUGCCCACCCUGGUGGAGACCACGUUGAAGGAGACAGAGAAGGUGACAGUGUGCGGGGACACCCACGGGCAGUUCUACGACCUGCUGAACAUCUUCGAGCUCAACGGGCUCCCCUCCGAGGCCAACCCUUAUAUUUUCAACGGGGACUUCGUGGACCGCGGCUCCUUCUCGGUCGAGGUCAUCCUGACGCUCUUUGGCUUCAAGCUGCUCUACCCUGACCACUUCCACCUGCUCCGAGGGAACCACGAGACGGACAACAUGAACCAGAUCUACGGCUUCGAGGGCGAGGUCAAGGCCAAGUACACGGCGCAGAUGUUCGCCCUCUUCAGCGAGGUCUUCGAGUGGCUGCCCCUGGCCCAGUGCAUCAACGGCAAAGUCCUGAUCAUGCACGGGGGGCUCUUCAGCGAGGACGGGGUGACCCUCGAUGACAUCCGCAAGAUCGAGCGGAACCGGCAGCCCCCGGACUCAGGACCGAUGUGUGACCUGCUCUGGUCUGACCCCCAGCCCCAGAACGGCCGGUCGGUCAGCAAGCGGGGGGUCAGCUGCCAGUUUGGCCCUGAUGUCCCCAAUGUCCCCAGU